CGUUCAAACUUCAUGCUCGUUGUCGUAGUCGUGUACUCUUGCUAAGGCUCAGGCUAAGUAAUUCUGAGUUUUCAACUAAUAAGCAUUUUCUCGAAAGUGUUGUUUGCGGGGACAGAUUUUUCUUGCUGAAUUCGUUCAAUUUAUGAAUUACUUACGUUGAACAGCAAUGGCCAAUAUUUUUCCUGUUUUAUCUAUAACAGGCACGUCGGCCUUUGGAACUUAUCCGUUUAGUUUUAACACAUUAAUCGGAUCCAAGGACUGGUUUGAACUGCUUAAAUCAAAAAAUGUGUUCUCCGUGCGGAGGAAAUCCGUGAAAAGCAGUCUAAAACGAGAAUACCAACGAUCCAUGACGAUUGCUGGAGACAAACCACCGUAUAAUGUGACUGAAGUCAAGGAUGAUGAAAAAGAGGAAAACAAUAACAAAAUAAAGAGGGAGUUAUCAAAGCCAACGGCGAACAAUACAAAACAUGCCAUUCCUACCAUCAGUAUCAUUCGUGCAAGUGACGAGAACCUGUUUGGACUAGUUAUCGAUGAUUCUUCUGACGAUGACGAUCUCGAUGAAAAUGAAGAUCUCGUUCACGAAUGUCCUGGCCUUGCCGCUUCGAUGGGAGACAUGUCAGUUGAAAAUCCCCUCUUUCACGAAAAACAGUUCGCAAACAGCUAUAGAACACCAGAAGUUCCCGAAAAGUACUGGAAAGAUGUAUUCGUCGAGUCUGUGUAAAAUUCUUCGUCCCAGAACGUCAGACGACACAUCAAACCGAACAUGAACACAACUUGCUUUUCUUGUUUGUUGAUUUUGCGACAUAUUUAAUAAGACACGUAAAGUUUAACUGUAUAUAGAGCAAAACCUGUAAUUAAAUUGUUGUAUAGUUAUUGUAUUUGUAAAUUAUAUUGAUUUUUAUUGAUUUUAUUUAGUAAUAUGAUGGAAGUGUAAUCGCUUUGCAUUCAAUAAUCAUUGCGAAAUUGUUUGCCUGUAAA